GAUAAAAUCGAAGAAAUAACUGUCAGUGAAACAGUAUUCUACCCUUCUAUCCCUCCUGUCUCUCCUGCCUCUAUCUGUAUUGAUUCCUGUUCGGAGGCCCCUGUCACCACCUCUGCCCUCAUCCUCCCUUCUCUCUCUCCUACCAGAAUCUUGCCUUCGGCUCCCCCAGCCCUUCUGUUUUAUAAUUUAACUAGUAUAGAAAAUAAUAAAUUUAUUAGUGACUUAAUUACUGUUGUUAAUAAUGGCUUUGACGGAAUUGACAUUAAUUAUCCCUUUAAACUUCCAUGCAAUCCAUUUAACUCUAGCUAUUACUUUGAUUUUAAUUAUACUUUUUUAAGUUUUGUAAAUGCCACAGCAAUACAAUUAGGCAAUAAGAAUUUAAUGAUCACGGCAGGCCAAUAUCCUGUAUAUGGCAUUAACUUCAAUAGCAGUAUCAUUAGUUUUGUAAAUAUUCAGAAUGAUUAUAUAGAUAGUUCAAAACUCGUUUUAGACGUCAAAUUUGGAGGCAUCAUCGAAAUUGUUUCUUCCAAUAAUAUUAAGUCAGACAUUGAUAAUCAACUCCUUCAGCAAGUAAAUGACCCAAAUUUUAAGUUUUCCUUUCCUGACGAACAGAUUCUGAAUCAAUAUAACUAUUCAUCAUAUGCAUAUUGGACCUAUGAUUAUCAAUCGUUAAAUGCUAAACUCGACUUUGUGAAAAGCAGUAAUUUAGCAGAAAUUGCGAUUGCAGAUAUCACCAAAGAUUCUAAAAAUUUAAGAUUGACAAAUUUCAUUUUGGGAAUUCAACCAAAUAGAUCUUCAAAUACUUCUCCAUCUUCAACUCCGUUUAAUACAGAUCCAAUAGUGGGUGGUACAAUAGGCUCUCUUGUUUUUGUUAGUGCAUUAGUUGCUGCUGGUUUAUUGAAAACACAAAGCAAGUUCAAUGCCAAAGAUAUGGAGGGAGGCACUUUUAUCUUGAAGUACAUUUACACUGUACUAGAGAUAAAGCAUCAUAAAAAUGUAUCUGGCUUAGCUGACGAAGACAAAGGACAGCUAUUGGACUACAUCCGGGUCCUAGUCCAACAGCAGCCAUCUCAACGAUUGUUUUCAGCGUCUUGUCUGAUGGCAUUUUUUCUACGUGAUGACUUUCGAUAG